AUGGAGAACUUCAUAACCGGUUACUCAGGUCAUGAACAUGAGCACCGGGCUGCAUUAGCUGCCGUCCUAGGGAAGGAGAAGGCAGAGUUCUUCUUCUCUCGCUUGAUACAUCACUUCUUCACUGAAGCAGAUGCCGCAUUUUUUGCUUCUGUUGGAUUCAACUGUCUACGCGUACCCUUCAAUUACAGGCAUUUUAUGGAUGACGACAACCCAGAUGUUAUCAAGCAGUCAGGCUUCGAUGUACUUGAUCGAAUUGUGUCUCUGUGUGCCAAGCACAACAUUUACGUCGUGCUUGACCUUCAUGCGGUGCCAGGAGGCCAAAAUCAAGACUGGCAUAGUGAUUCGGGUAUCAGCCGCGCCCUCUUCUGGGAGUUCCGAGACUUCCAGACCAGAAUGAUCCAGUUAUGGGUCGCCAUUGCCAAACAUUACGCGGGCAACCCUGUCAUCGCAGGCUAUAAUCCUCUCAAUGAGCCUGCGGACCCCGAACACACGAGACUCAUUGAAUGGUACGUGCGGGCCGAAAAGGCAAUCCGCGAGGUUGAUCCUGAGCACAUCCUCUUCAUUGACGGCAACACAUACGCCAUGGACUUUUCACACUUCCCGGUCGACAAGCCUCUGCCAAACGCUGUGUACUCAUGUCACGACUAUAGCAUGAUGGGCUUCCCGGGCAUGGAGCAAUACGCCGGCACAGAUGCCCAGAAAGCAAAGCUCCGCUCGAGUUUCGAGCGCAAGGUUCAUUUUAUGAAGGAAGCUGGAACUCCGAUCUGGAAUGGAGAGUUUGGUCCCGUCUAUGCAGACCCGCAUGUAGACAAAGAUGCGGCAGCCAUCAACGAACAUCGGAUUGAGCUACUUCGAGAGCAAUUGCGGCUCUAUCAAGAGGCUGGCGGCGUCAGCUGGUCGAUCUGGACCUAUAAGGACAUCGGUUAUCAGGGCAUGGUAUCAGUCCGGCGUGAUAGCCCAUACAUGCGACUUAUUCAACCGUUUGUUGAGAAGAAGCAGCGCCUAGGCGUGGACUUCUGGGGUGUUGUAGACAAGGGUGCCGUGGAGAAAGACGUGUACGCCCCGUUCAUCAACAAGCUGAAGGAAAUGGUACCAGAGCACCUCCAGAAGCGAAAAUAUCCACCUGUCUGGUCGUUCGACCGCCAGGUCGAGCGUGUUGUAAGGGAGUGCUUGCUGAGUGAAUACCUAGGGUGGGAGAUGGCGGAGUUAUUCGAAGGGAAGACCGAAGCAGAGCUCGAGGAACUAGCUGCAAGUUUCAGGCUGGAAAACUGCAUGGAACGAAGUCAAUUAAACGAGGUUCUACGGCGAGAUGCUGCAAUCUCAAGAAAGACAGAGUAG